AUUGGAGAUUGGCAUUUAUGUAUGUGAAACUUAGCCAAAAGAAGUAAUACAAAUAUAAAACCCUUUUUCAAUUUCUUUAUCUGUAUAAAUUAAACCAAACAAACAUCUCUUACCCAAAUAAAGAAACUGAAAGUUCACAUAUAUACACGUACAAAAACGUUCCCAUUUUUGUGUAAUAACGGGGUGAAUUGGUUGAAUCGGUUCACAAAACCUGAGCGAUUCAGACGUGAUCGGUUCGUGUAUCGUCUGCUUCGUAAUGAACCAUAGUGUUUGAAAUGUACUUUAUUGUGUAGCAUUUUAUCAAAAAAACAUACAAAAUAGCCCAUGUUUUAUAUAUUUGUAAAACGUGCAUAAAUUGUGUUUUAUGAACACGACAAGUUAAAUCAAGAGCAAGUUAAAAGAGAGAAAAAUAAUACUAAAAGGGAAGUCAAGUAGGACCAAACACUGAAUUUGCGCAUGCGCAGUAGAUCCAUCAUCUAGCAACAGAAGCUAAUGGAUAGAGAGGAUCGUCUUUUUUAAAGAUGGAGGUUCGUAAAAAGAAAGUGGCGGCCGCAGGACGGGUGAUAAUGGACGUCAUCCAGGCUGAAUGGGAGCCGCUGUCCCACUGGGAGCUCGAUCAGCGACUGGACCGGGCAGUGGAGGAGAUGCUGGAGGCUGACCUGGUGGCGCAGGUUCAGGAGCAGGAGCAGUCUGCCUCUGUCACCCUGCAAGAGUCUCAACAAGAGGAUUCAACGCCUCCAAAUAAGGCGCAGGCAGCGACUCCUCGGCUGUUAGAGUCAGGGACACCUGCUUGCGCCUUGCAGCGUUCACAUGCUACUGAAGUCAUGGAGGCAAAUCCUACCGUACAGUAUGUGACAAAUUUUCUGCAAAGCUCCAACACGAGCUACAGCAAGAACCGAUUGUCUGGAAGAGCUCGACUGUCCCUGUCUCACACUGUCCUCCUGUCCCUCACCCUCCUGUCCAAACGCAUCAGCUAUCGCAGCGUGUCCUCGAGUUUCCAUCUGGAGAAGGGGAAUAUCCACAGGAUCUUCUUUUCUUUCUGUGAUCAAGUGAUCGCACAAAAGGAUCGGCUCAUUCAGUGGCCUAUAGGACAGGAGGCCCUACAACAUCUGCUUCCUUUCUCCAGUUGGCUGGGUCGCAAUGAAGGUCUGGAAAAGAGAGGUCUUCCUCGAGUGCUCGGGGUGCUGGGUGACACACGCAUCCCCAUCCGCCUUCCCGCUGGCAAACCGGACAGCGAGAGCGAGGCUCCGGAAGCCAAGAGACUUAAGAACGAACCACAUCCAGAUUCAUGGCUGAACUUGGAAUUGGUCUGCAAUGACAAGGGCCGCUUCAUUUACUGCCACAUCAGCAAAGGCUCAGAAAAAGACAGAGGAAGUGCGUUAGCUGAAAGGCUUCAGCAACACCCAGAGAUGGUGCCUCCAGGGACCUGCCUGAUAGCCGGAGUUGGAUACCCGCUCACAGAACAAAUACUUACUCCGUUUUCAACAGGUCGAAACCCACAGGAAAACCUCUACAACAGAUCAUUGGAAACCCAUUUAGGCCGAUUCAACCAGGUUGUGGCGGACCUAAAAGAGCGAUUCCAGAAACUGAGAUAUUUGGAUAUGGGGAAUUAUGAUAGGGCAAAAGCUGUGGUUCUGACUGCUUGUAUAUUACACAAUGUUUUUCUGGACAUGGGGGACGUGACAAAGGGUCUGAUAGAGAGAAGCAUAGUGGAAGUUGUGAAGGAGUUAAACAAAGAUGCUGCUGGGGUCAAAAUGAGGGAGACUGUAGUCAAUCUUCUCUAUAGUGCGUUGGAAUCGGGAGCACAAUAAGAUUUUGACACUGAUUCGCAUAUUUAAAGGGACACUUCACCCAAAAAUGAAAACUUUGUCAUUUACUCACCCUUAUUUCAUUCCAAACCUGACUUUAAUUCAUCUUCAGAACACAGAUUAUUUUUAUUAUUACAGAUAUUUUUAAAAUUCUCUCAUUUUCAUUGAAAGUACAUGCAUCAUAAGUACAUGCAUCUAGCCAUUUACUUCAAAUCUUCUGAAGAGGCACGAUCAAUUAACAUGACAAACAUAAUUAAGUUAGGCUAACAAAUUAAAUGGAUAAAAGCCUAAAUUAAAUCUUCAGAUGUCUCUUCAGAAUAUUUGAAUUCAAUUACUCAAUUCAUAUGGAUUUCUUUUCGGGUGUCUUUACAAACUUUCUGAUCAAUCCAAGUUUUGGUUACCUGGACUUUCAAUGGAGGGACACGUGUUUUUAAGAUGAACGAAAGUCUUACGAGUUUGGAAUGACAUGAGGGCGAGUAAAUGAUAGAAUUUUAAUUUUUGGGUGAACUAACCCUUUAAAGCUCUGAUAUAGACCUAGUUUAACAAAAGCAGUGUGUGGAAAACCUGUUAAACUUUUAUACUGAAAUUCUGUGUGUAAAUAAUAGAUAUUUGGGGGUUUGAGAAAAAGCCUUGCAGAAAUGUUUUGAUGAACACGUUGCAUGAUUUUUAUUAAAACACAAAAAUACAAUGUA